CUCAGGUUCCCAGGCUUUCUGUACACUACUAAUCGCUUGAUACAAAGACUUUUAUUAUAAAUCGGAUCUCAGGCCUUGACUAGAUCGUCCCGUCUUUAAGACCACACCAAACCAAAAAAAAACAGCCUUCGCUUCUAUCAUUCUCUUCUGCCGCAGACAGACUCUACCUGCACACACUUACGACAUCGGGCUGGACCUCUUCUUUCACGGGCCUGUUUUUUUUUUGAUUGACCAACGCAUCACAACCAAUCGUUUAACACACCAAACCAACCUCUUGUCCAACUCGACUGACCCAAGCACCACUCAUCAACACAUCUUCAAUAUGCACAACUCACGUUUCCAUGCCAUGGUGGCGCGCCUCUCCCGGCCGUCGUCCCGUCGUUCGUCAUCCGUGUCUUCACAGGCCAGUACGGACCGGAACUCGAUCCUCUCUCGGGCGAGCUCCCCAGUCAGCACCAUCAACAGCAUCGUUUUCCGACAUAAAUUCAUGGAGCCAGCCGAGGAGGAGCUGAAGGAGCUCAACAUCCUGGAGCCAAGACCAGUCGCUCACUUCUGCAGCCUUGAGGAACGGAUGGCGAGCUUCUAGUCGCGCCUCACUUCCUGGCGCCGGGCAUUGAGAUGUAUACCCAAGU